AUUCCAUUGAUAUUUAAAAUUUGACACUUCAUAUCUGACGCUCAGAUCAAAAAAAUAUUAAAUAACUAUUCGAGUCAUUACACAUUUGAUUUGAACCAUGCGAAUCUUAACGUUGGUUAAAGAAAUAACGAAUGUUAUCAUUGCCUGUCAAGCCGACCGGAAGUUGAUAGGGAUGAUGGGAUACGUAAACAGAUGCUCGCUCGUUGGCGUUUGUGGACAGUAAGAAGCCAGUGUACGAAAGUCAGCAAAUUUCGACUAUUUCUGCAAUCAACAAAAAUGAGUAAACGAAAAGGACCAGAAUCGGGAAACCUUAAUGCAGAAUUUUCAGACUUUAUAAUGGAGCUAGCUAACUAUGAGAAGAAUGUUAACCGAGCUAUGCACAAGUACAAUGCAUAUCGGAAGGCAGCAGGCGCCAUAGCUAAACAUACUUCACGGAUAAAGAGUGGAGCUGAGGCCAAGAAACUGGAUGGAGUGGGAAUUCAGAUUGCCAAGAAGAUUGAUGAAUUUAUUGCAACAGGCAAACUCCAAAAGCUUGAAAAGAUCCGUGCCAGUGACACAAAUGUAGCCAUAAACGAACUGACAAAGGUCAACGGCAUUGGACCCGCUGCAGCACAGAAGUUUGUGCAGGAAGGGAUCAUGUCAGUCGAAGAUUUGAGAAAAAAUUUGGACAAACUGAAUAAUGCACAGAAAAUAGGCGUCAGGCAUUUUGAAGAUUUUGAAAAGAGAAUCCCACGAGAUGAGAUGGUGCUACUACAGGAUACUAGUGUUGGGGCAAUCAAGAAACUUGACAGCGAAUACACAGCUAAAGUGUGUGGCAGCUUCAGGAGAGGUGCUACCUCUAGUGGUGAUAUAGAUAUUCUCCUCGCCCACCCCAGCUAUGUCAGUGGCGGUAAAAAAAUGCCUGACCUGCUGCAUAAAGUUGUGAAGUGUUUGGAGGCCAACAACUUUGUAACGGACACCAUCUCCCUAGGGGAUUCAAAGUUUAUGGGAGUUUGUAUCAAACCCAAGGAAGCAGAUGACACAGAGGAGAGGAGCUACAGGAGACUAGAUAUCAGGUUGAUACCCCACGACCAGUACUUCUGUGCCUUGCUGUACUUCACUGGCUCCGACGUCUUCAACAAGAACAUGAGGCAGCAUGCCCUGGACGAGGGCUUCACUAUCAACGAGUAUUGCAUACGCCCUGUAGGCAGCACAGGCACGCCCGGGGAACCACUUCCUGUCACAUGUGAGGAAGACAUCUUUGACUAUGUGGGCAUGAAAUACAAGGUGCCCAAGGACAGGAGCAUGUAGACCAUGGCUGGAUGAUGACCAUACAUCGGAGCUCAAGGGGCCUACUCCAAUUUGCUUUGGAAUGAGUUGAUAUCGGGGACAUUUGUGUACUCUUUCCAGUCCUGGAAUAUGUACCUGGGAAAAAUAUCCUGGGUAAUCUUUCAAUGCUUUGAAAUAGCAUUCAGCAUAUCUCACAGUCUGGCUUUGUCAUAUCAUCUUGAAAAUAUUCAGUUUAAUUAAGGAAACCUUGAAAUAUCACAGAAAUAUAUUCUGUGAGACAAAAUGUUUGCAGCAAAACCAAUCCAGUGUCCAUAUAUUUAACUUCCCUUGAAAGCAUGUCUCAGUUGCUAGUUUUGAUUCAGCACCUGUAAAGUAUUAUUUUUAGGAUGAAGAUAGUUUACUUUUUGUUCACCUCACUUGUUUACUAUGACUGGUGUGAUUUCAGGCAUAAAAAUACAAUGAGGACUGUCGAAACAAUCAAAUAUUCCAUCUCACAUUUGGAGUAGACUGCUUGUUGGGAAAGACUUUUUUCACAUGGUGCUGGUUGUAACUGUACACUGGUAAUAUUGAGCUUUUCACAUACCAUCCAAGUGAUAAACUCGAUACACCUUCCCUUAACACGCUAUGUAUAGACAAGAUGAGGAUCACUGUUUAUGAAGAGGUUAAGAUAUACAUCCUUCCUUCCGAAUGCCUGGGUUCUAUUCUCCACAUGGGUACAAUAUCUCAAGUCCAUGUCUGGUGUCCCCGACUGUUCCAUUGGUAAACAAUAGUCACUGUUUAUAAAGGGGUUAAGAUAUACAUCCUUCCUUCCGAAUGCCUGGGUUCUAUUCUCCACAUAGGUUCAAUGUCUCAAGUCCAUGUCUGGUGUCCCCGACUGUUCCAUUGGUGCAGUACUGCUAAAAGUGUCAUUAACAAUAGUCAGUGUUUAUGAGUGAGUGAGUAAAUGUUGCUUUAAGCCGCAUCAGCAAUAUUCCACAGUGUUUAUGAAGGGGUUAAGAUAUACAUCCUUCCUUCUGAAUGCCUGGGUUCUAUUCUCCACAUGGGUACAAUGUCUCAGGUCUAUGUGUGGUGUCCCCAACUGUUCCAUUGGUGCAGUACUGCUAAAUGUGUCAUUAACAAUAGUCACUGUUUAUGACUCAUAUCAUUUAACUCCCACGAAUGCAAGACCCCACUACUUGAGUAAUCCAGAAUAUGUCAUAAUAAUAUCAAAAGUAUUCUAUGGUAUAUGGUUUCGGUCUGUGGGUGCGAUUCAUUCAAAAAAAAAUUAACUCCUUGAAAAUGUUCUACAGACAUGAUAGAGUGAUAGUGGGCUUAUGCUUUCUAAAAGCGUCAGACUACGUAUGAUAUAUUGCUGUUGGAGAAAAGGUGUUUCAAUGAAUUUAUGACUGCACUUCACUUGCCACACACAGUCUUUAGGAGGGUACUUAUCUACAGGCUGUAUCUUGCAUGGCCAGCAUUCCUUCUACUAGGGCUGGGUGGGUACUGAGUAGGAUCCGGGUACCCACAGGACUACCCGGACACGUUAGUCACGUGAUUAUAUUGAUUAGUGACAAAAAUUAUCUAGGACUUUAAAAAGAAAGAAAGAUGGAAAUAUUCAUUUUAGUUAAGGUAUUUACGAUCAAAUCCUUUAGAUACUGACCAUGUGUAUUAUUCUUUCCAAAGAUUUUACUCUUUUUGGAAAUCAAGGCCACAGUCAUGGCUAACUGUUGAUAUAACUCAGAAAAUGUUGUAACGGAGACGACAAACAAGAAUAUUCCUGACUUGCUUCCAAAUGUUGAACUUGAAGCUCUCCAAAAGAUCACAACCUUUCAAGUAGGUUUUGAGGAUCUACCAGUAUGUAGCUGGUUUUAGCAAUUUAUUUAAAUACUUUACUUGUUCAACAUUUUGUCAAACAUACAUACUUUAAACUGUUGAUAUGUAAUAAUUUUUAACCUAGGUUGUUGUGAUUUUUUUUUAUACACUUGAAUGCAUAUAUGGGUCGAAAGUUAAGUAUGUGUGAUGUAAAUGCGUGGGGUUGAAUGAAACUGGGCACCUUUAUUAUCAGGGAAUUAUUCGCCGAAGUUAUUUCGCCUGUUUAGCAGCACUCAUCUAGGUAACAGUUGUGACUUUUCACUCUUAUUAUUUGUGGAUCUCCUUACAUUAGUACACAUAGGAGCAUGAUUGUUUUGUGUGAUGAUUACUUUGGUAGUGCCUGUCAUUGUGUCAUGAUGCGUGUGUUGUAUCCCAUUUGUUCUGCAGUAUAGGAAGAAUUAGGUGAAACAUCACAUUCUUAACUAUAACACAUAAUGGAAGAAAACACUGGCAAUAAUUUAACAAAAUGCAAGUUUGAAUGUGAACAGUAGCUUUGCUGAAUGUGUAACCAAUGGGAGUAUACUUUGUGUUUUGUUCGUGUGUGAGAUCUGUAUUGGUUUCAUCUGCUAUAUUGGGAUGAAUGUCACUUCAUCAUUUAAGGACUGAUGUUGUGUUUGUUGACGUUCACCAGCUGAUGAAGACAGUGAGCAAAUUCCAUGAUGAGCGAAGCGCAUAAUAAGAUUCAUUAUAUAAAUGUAAUGUAAACUUUGGGUGUGUGGCUACAUUAGCUGCUGAUGACCAGGAUAACCCCUUUAGACGGCGCAGUUUGAAUAUUCUCCACUCAUAUUGGCCUACGGGAAGCUUAGUGAUUUCUUUUGGUAAGUAGAGCAUUCUCUGUUGUAACUUCAAAUGGACGCUUCAUUUUGGUGACCCGACAUAUUAUAAUCUGUCUGCCUUCAAAACCUGCAUCAUUCAUAGCCUGAAUCUUAUGAUGAUCCUGUCCUUAUUUGAUGUUAUUUUUAGACCUUUAGGAAUUUCCCUAAAGUUGUUCAGUAAUCUCGGCUCGAUUGACAACGUAAACACGUGACAUGCUGACGUUCAUCGGGAAAUGAACAACAGUUAGCAUGGUAGUGUUCAUCUAGGCAAGGUCACCCGCUGUGACACGACCAUCGCUAUACAGGGAAGUCUAAAGUGACUGUCCGAGCUGUGUGUCAAUGCAUUCAUUAGGAUGUUUAUGUAUCCUGUUAUCAUUAAGUCCUCACAAUGUCAUAAUGAUGUGUGAUUGUGGUGUGAUAGUGUGUGCAUUGUUGGUAACAUUAUUUCUACAAUCCAAUGAAAUAUUAUUGUAUGAUUACCAAUAAAGAAAAUAAAAGUUGUA